UACAACAUCAGCGACCGACCCCGAGGUACUUGUCCUCCAAAGUUCGCUCUCUGUAAACCCGUACAAAGCGUCCCCCUACUACCUCUCUCUCUCUCUCUCUCUCCAUGGCCGCGGAGGACGAGGAGGCGCCGGCGCCGGAGGUCCCGGAGCCGGAGCCGGAGGCGGAGGCGGAGGCAGAGGCAGAGGCCCUCCGUCUGAAAUCCCUGGCGGAGGAGAAACUCCGGUCGUCGUCCCUAAAAUCCGCCCUCAAGUACGCGAAGCGCGCCGCCCGUCUCCGCCCCGACCUCGACGGCGUCCCCCAGAUGGUCACCGCCCUCAAGAUCCUCCGCGCUGCCCCCUCCGACCACUACAAGGUCCUCCGCCUUCCCCCCUUCUCCCUCCCCUCCUCCAUCCGCCGCCAGUACAAGACCCUCGCCCUGGCCCUCCACCCCGACAAGUCCUCCUCCUCCACUCCCUCCGCCGCCACCGCCGCCGCCGAGGCCUUCAAGCGCGUAGCUGACUCCUUCCGCUUCCUCUCCGACCGCGGCCGGAAGCGCGACUUCGACCUCUCCCUCCGCCUCGCCAAGGAGAAGGAGGCCACGGCCUCAGCGGAGGGGCCCGUGGAGACGUUCUGGACCGCCUGCACCACCUGCCGCCUUCUCCAUGAGUUCGACCGCCGGUACGUUGGGUAUCGCCUCGUCUGCCCUGGCUGCCGCAAGAGCUUCCUCGCCGUCGAGGUCCCCCCCUCCACUGACGACGAUGGUGGCAAGCCCGAGAACAACGGAGGUGGCGGCGGCGGUAGCGGUGGCGCGAUGAUUAGGGUUACUCGGUCCAGGUCCAAUACUAGGCCUCGGAUUCCCCGAUUUCCACCCCUGGCGGGAGAUGACAAGAGGAAAGCUGAGGUUUCUAGGGUUUCUACUUCCCCGGUGUCCAAGAAACUCUCGCAGAGGUCCGAGAAGACGCUGGCCGAGAUGCAGAAGGAGCUUGCAAAGGGGAAGGUGAAGGAGAAGAAGAGAGAAAAGGAGAAGGAGAGUAAAGAGAAGAACGCUAUUGUGCCUAGGAAGCAUAAAGACGACGACUUGAGCUUGAUGGCAGUGGAGGAUUCCGAUUUCUAUGAUUUUGACAAGGAUAGGACUGAGAAGAGCUUCAGGAAAGGGCAGAUUUGGGCUAUCUAUGAUGAUGAUGAUGGGAUGCCUCGGCAUUAUGGUCUAAUAGAAGAGGUGUUCUCUUCGAAUCCAUUCAGAGUGAAGAUGAGUUGGUUGGACAUCCAGAACCAUGGGGAUGAGUCCCUGAUGCUGUGGGAGAAGUCAGGAUUCCACAUUUCCUGUGGGCGGUUCAAGUUCGGGAGGAAGGUUGACAUUGAUUCGGUGAACUUCUUCUCCCAUUUAGUUGAGUGCGAAAGGGCAGCGAGGGAUGUAUAUAGGAUUCACCCUAAGAAAGGGUCGGUUUGGGCGCUGUAUGAUGAAAGGACUUUGGGGGGCAAAGAGGGGAGGUACUAUGAUAUAGUCGUGUUCCUCACAAGCUAUAGUGAGAUGCAUGGUUUGAGCAUGGCUUAUCUUGAGAAGGUGGAAGGAUACAGAACCAUAUUUAAGAGGCAGGCAAUUGGUUCUCAUGCUGUCAAGUGGCUUGAGAAAGAUGAUGUUAGGCUGUUCUCACAUCAAAUUCCCGCUAGGAAGCUCUCUGAGACAGAGGGACUGAAUCUGCCUAGAGACUGUUGGGAGCUUGAUCCUGCCUCACUUCCUCCGGAGUUGCUUUCCAUUUGUUGGGAUAGAUAAUAUGCCACUCUUGUGCUGUCAUUACUGUAUAGGAUAUGGUGUUUUAGAAGCCAAAUUCCCUAUAUGAGCUGAUGAUAUUGUUUUGCCACCCCAGCUGUUCUUUCUAGUAGGUGAUUAGAAGAACUCAGAUUGUCUAUGAGCUGGAUUCCUUCUGGUGCUUGUCUGCUUAAACUUAAAAUUAUCCUGCUUUCAUCUGAUUUUACAUGUUAACUACCUAUACAAUGUUCACAAAAUGUGGUUCCUGUUCCUCAUUGAAAUUGGUAAGCACAACCUUAAUGACCUUAUUGCAAUUUGAAUG